AUGAUGGAUUUCGGUUCAUUAGCAAAGCAGUUAAAAGAAAUAUGUGGUAUAGAAGGGACUCUAACAGCUGAUGGUUGGCAAAUAGUGCAUCGCAUAUUGGAAAAUGAAACAUUCCUCAGUGCCUUACAAACAGAUGGCCAUGCGUUCAGUCCAGAUCAUAAUCAACUUUUGAAGAAGCUAGGAGACUGCGCAGUUCUAGAGAUGGAACAAAAUCACGUUGUUAGAACAGCAAAGAAAUACAAUCGACGAGCUUUUGAAGCUUUCAGAACUGCUCUAUGGUAUUUUGUAGGAAAAAUUGAUACUGUUAACAUAGAUCUCAUGGAUUAUUUACUGAGACUUUUGCGUUGUACGUCGUCAGACGCAAGACAUGUUGUGGACAGUGAGCUCGCUGUCUUGCAUCGAAAUUUCGCUGCAGACGUCACUGCUUUAUUAGCAAUGUUUUUGGAAAAGAAGUCGACUUUGACUUUGAGAUCUCACCAUUGCUACGGCUUGUGGACAAACUGCAUGCAGUUAUGUCUACGCUACAUUGGUAUUCGUGAUUAUAGUUCUACCUUACGUACUUGCUCUUGGAUUCUUUUACAAAUAGCUCGUGCUACUAAAUAUUGUGGCCUUAUGUUGCUUGUAGAACAGAUGACUGGAAAAACUGCAGAAAUGUUGAGCAAAUAUUUGCUUAGCUACCACACGGGUUAUAAGACUUUUAUGUUAUCUGAUGAUUUCUAUGUCAACCUUCUGCGUAUUUUUAAUGAAUUUUUUUUUGAAUUUGGAGCUAAGAAUUGGCAUUUGAUGAGUAUGCAAUCUCGAGAAUUUUCUGACUUAAUUGGUCGAGCUUGGACUGAUACAAUUUCUUUAUGGCAGUCACGAAAAUUCGCUGAGGAGCUGAUAUCAUCAUUGAAUGAGCAGUCCAAAUUUAUUGAAUUUAUAUUUAUAAUGCACCACCCGGAUUGCGUUCUUGGUUUUCCAUUAUUGUCAAAUUCUAUGAGGGCUUUAUUGAAUCAGAUUCUGGAUGCGGCUAUUAACUGUAUGAAUGGGUUAUCGAUACUUCAGAAGAAUAUAUACCGAAUGGGACAAAUACAGUUAUUACCAGAUGGAGUUGUUAGUUUGCUAGCCAGGCUUCUUACUCUUGAUAUCGUACAAAAUACCGAUGAUUCUCAUUUUGGCCAUCUGCUCUUUACACUGAUUCAAGAAAAGGAUGAGCGAUGGUGCCAGUUAAUCGGAAAACUUUUUGUCCGAUGGAGCCAUCGUUUGUCACUUCAAAUGAAAAAGGAACUUUUUGCGUAUAUCAUUCAAUCGUCGAUUGCGGUACAUAGAGAAGGGUUGCUGAUAUGGUAUUUGAAGGCUAUGGCAUCUGUUGCGGAAUCAUCUGUUAUAGAAAAGCUUGAAAAGGAGCAUUGUACAUAUCUAUGGAAGUUUACACUUUCAUUGCUGCAGUCACAGUCUCAAAAUGUUUCAGAAUUUGCAAUCCAUUUGCUGCACAAAAUCAUAAUUCCUUGUGCGAGGAGGUUAAAACUAGAGGAUACCAACGUGACUAAAAUCAUCUGGAGCAAUAUAAGUCGCUUGAAUAUCUGUACUGCUAGAAUAGCCUUUUUUUUGGCUCAUGUGUUGAGUAAUUUCGAAUUUGAUGAACAUUUUGAAACCCAGUCUAUUGAUGAAACUGCAGUGAGAGGAUGGACUUUCCGAUGUGCAAUACUGAAGUUUAUUUUGAAGACCUCAGUGAAACCAGCGAAUGUUCCAAUAAAUGCAGUUUUAGAAAUAUUGUGUUUUAAACCUGAUUUCCAUCAUGAAUCACCCGAAUCAAAUAUCGGAAAAUUAGAGCGUUAUCUUAUGAAUCUUUUUUCAAUUCCUGUUUCCGAAACAUCACAUCAAGUUGCCGGAAAAAAAUAUUUUGUCCACGAAUUGGUGGAGUUUGUGGGAAAUAAUUUUAUGCAAUUAUGGAAAAAUAUAAAGUUGGAAAAUACAGAUACCGAAACACUUCAACGGAACCAAAUCAGUUUAUUUUUGACAGUGCAAAAUUUUUUUUAUUACUUUCGCAUCUAUGACGCAUAUUGUGAUCCUCUCUUAAGCGUGCUACAGGUUAUGUCUGUGGACCUUCCACGAAUUAUCCGCAACGAUAAAUUGACUGAUGUUGAUGAAUGGCUUCUACCAUUAGGAGUUAGAGGAAGCUGGCAGGCGGCUGAUGAAAAAUUAAGAAAUACGAUUUGUUUGAAGCUAAAACAAAUAUUGUUACAACAACUGAUUGACGUUAAAUGUCGAUUCGCUGAUAAAAAGGACUGGAAUAAGGAAUUAUCAGGAAGAAUUGAUGCAGCAUCGGAUAUUGUGUCGACUUAUGUUAGUGAAGCAGUUCGCUGUUGCAAUUCAUUUAGUGAAGCCGUGUUUAUUGUUGAACCAUUUAUUCAGCAUGGCACUGUAGUGGAAAGGCGGAAAUUUAUAACCACUUUGCGAACAAUCGCCUUGACAGCCAUGUUACAAGGUGAAGAAGAAAAGUCGGAAAGAAAUGUCAAUGAACUUAUUAUUACCGAGCUAAUCCUUGCAUAUCUUCCGGUGGAAGACUGGAAAUUUUACGGUGUCUUAUUCAAUAAUUUAGCUACUUUGCACAAGUGUUUACAUUGCUCAGUUUGGCUGGACCAAUCAGGUUUGGCAAAAUUUGUCAUGAGUGUUGAUCUCCCGGACGAAUUUCGCGCUAGCGUUGUCAAAAAUAUAUAUAUGCCUCCACUGAAGCAUAGAAUUCAUCUCAGAAUAUUAGCGUUUCUCAUUAGUAUGGGAACAUCAUAUUUGUAUAAGCAUCUGAUAAGGAUUUUUCCAUCAUUCGAUGCAAUAAUCGAUUUGUUCCUUGAAGCAGCUGCCAUUUGUUAUGAAGUACAACCCUCACCAAAUAACGGUUUUCUACCGGCAGAUGAUUUGAAGAGAUUUGAAGUUAUACGGGCAAUUUCUGCUAAUAGACAACCAUUUCAACGUUACGUAAAUGCAGAAGAAGUGAACACAUCACACAUGAUGUAUCUGGAUAUACUUUUUCUUGUUCAAGAAAAAACAUUGAGCGAAUUGUUCGACCGACUAGAUUUCAAGAAAUCGUUUGCUGCUGCUAUAACGAUGAAUCUGUGUAGUUUUUUUGUGAAAUUACGAAAAUUACUGCGAUUUUGCCGAUUCCUGGGAUACGAAUUUCUGAUAUUUCGAGCUCUGAAAAGUUUCUUAAAAUGUGAUUUAAGUACAUGCAGCAUUUCGAUGAAGCUCUUCAUUAUUGAAAAUUGUGCAACACUUUGUUCACUAGCAGCAAGAAGUUGUUUGGCGAGCGCUUGGACUGAAAGCAUCACUUACUUGCUGCAAAGCUGGUUUGAUCUUUAUGAUUUACUACUAGAAUUACACUAUGACAUGGCAAUGGAAAAAUUGUACUGUGUUUUCGACGUCUUCAUAGAUGACUCCGAUUGUAAGGAGCAAAUCAUGGCACGAAUAAACAUGAAAAUUUUUGAAAAAAAUCAUUUUCGAAUUGAACAUUUGCUUAAGGAAACUCUUGGUCGAUUCAAUUUUUUACUCUGCAAGACAUACUGGAAGUGGUUGUAUGAGAAUUUUGGCAAAUUGGACGAUCAAGACACAGUAAAGGUGUUAGGUCAAGUAUUACAAAUUUGGUCUAAAUACCCCACUUUGCGAAAGUUCAUUGCUCCGUGUUUAACUCGUUUCGAUUCUUUUUGCGUGAGCUCGUAUUAUCAUAUCUUUCCAAUGGAUAUAAAGCUGGAAGAACUGAUUGCAUUAUCUUUGCUUGAACUAUUUUUCAACCCUUUUGAGUUAUAUCCAUGCGAAGUCUAUUCGUGGAUAUGUCAGAUCCUAUCAAGCUCCACUUUUAACGUGUAUGUGAAUAAUGCGUUUAGCAACAAUAGCAGCCAGUAUGCGGUUGUUGAAAACGAUUCUGAAAUGUCACGAAAUGGCGACUAUGAAGAAGCUUUCGUAUUAUAUUACGUUAAACAGUUUGCUGAUCUUUUGCAUUUAUCAUACGCCAGUAUUUUAUUAAAGAUCGCGAAUUAUGUUCCUGCUUUGGCUUUUACUUUGCUACCUUAUCUUUUCGCUACGGCAUACAAAGAAAGGCAUGACAUAUCACAGUUUUGCGUGGAUGUGAAUUAUUUACUUACGAAUUUUCCUGAAAGAUUGACUAGAAAUGAUUACCCACUGGUAAUUAGUAUAGUGGCAUGUAUUCGACAAGCACAUGUAAAUUUGGCAUCAGAGCUAGGUUUCCAGAGGUUACCAUUUGAUUUAUCGAAGUUAUCAAAAGUUUGUUUGGAAAUCAAUAUGGCGAAUGAUGCAGAUUACUUUCUGCAUUGCUACCUCGAUCGUUUAAGCGAUCCAAUACGGCCAGUAAUGCAUAUUUUGAAUGAAAAUCGCGGAUUUUUCGACAUGCUCGAUGGAAAGGAAAAUUCUGACAAGCCAGCCGAAUUAUUUAUGGAGAUAUUGAUAAAAAUGGAUGAUGCAGAUUCAUUACGUCCACUUUCUCUACAAAUAAAAGAUAAUAACCAAUGUCAAAUGAUUUUGGCAAAAAACCAGUGUGAUUGGUCACAUUUGGUUUCAUUAGCGCCAACGACUGAUUUAAAAAACCUUCAGUCUUUAGCAUUUUAUUAUGCUGGUUUGGAUGUUCCAUCGGAAUUCCAAGAAAUGGCUAGUCUCGCUUGUGUUGAACUCCAACAAUGGGAUAAAGGUUUCUUAAAAAUAUACACCAAGGGAAACACUGGUCAUCAGAUAUAUUCCAUAAUGUACGCUCAGUUAAAAAAACAGUUGGAAUUAUCUCAGUUGUUAUCUGAUAUUGCCAUCAAGCGUAAGUGUGGUGAAAUUGCCAAAUCGUGGAUUGUAUCUCGAGACUUAAUAAACGACUUAAGUCUCUGUUGUGAAGUGAAUGAUCUAGUGCAGCGAAACACACCUCCAGUUCGAGGCUCUAUAUUGAGUUGCCCAUGGAUAGUAUGCAAGUAUGGAGAUGGACGUGUUCCAGCACGAAUCCUUACUCCGUUGGUUGUGGCUCGAGCCGAGCACCUUUGCAAAAAAAAUGCUUACGAACGUGCUCUUCAAAUUAUUGAAAAGUAUCGGAAAUUUAUGGAUAUUGAUGGGAAUGUAUAUCGUGAAUACGACAUCACAAAAGCUCGUAUCUUGAAGAAAUGUGGAUACGAAGAAGCUGCUCGGUUGCUUUUGUCGCAGAUUUGCUCCGCACGGCCAAUCUGCGAUCAUUACAGCAGUAAUUCUUUUGAACUUUCGCUCAAAGCUCGAAUGCAAUUAGCUGAAUUUGAUGUAGCAGCGUAUAGAUCGGAUUUAGCCAUUGAAGCUUUGCAAAUGAUUGUGGAAAAUGCAUUGGAUAGUGGAUAUGAAAAUGUUUUGUUGGUAGCAAAAGCUUAUAGGAAGCUUGCAAUGAAUGCUGAAAAGAAAUUGUUAUUACUGGAAGAUUAUUGUUCUUCUGAAACAUUUAAAGUUAAAGAACGAGCAAUUAGGAAUUGGGAAAAAGAACUAGAAGCAAUAAAGGAAGAAAAGCUUCAGGCUAUCAUACAAGGGAAAACGCUGAAGCAUGGAAAGAUGCUUGAGGAAAAGCGAAUUAGAAAAGAAAAGAUGUUUGAAGAAAAGGAACUGGAGCAGUGCUGUAACGACAGAAAUACCCUGAUCUUGACGGCUUUGGAUGCUUAUCUAGCAUCCUUAGAACUUGAUGCAAGUGCUGCGGAUAUUCCUUACCGAAUUUUAUCAUUUUUCGUUAAAGCCAAACAUAACGAAAAUUUGUUGGAGCCAUUGAAGGUACGUUUAAAUCGAUUUCAAUCACGUCCUUGGAUACCUCUCAUGAGUCACCUUUGUUCACAUUUCUUCGAUGAUGCGCCUCUAGCUCCAAUUGUGAGGGAGAUGAUCUCAGCAGCACUGUUCGACUAUCCAUAUCACGUCCUUCAACACAUACUCUUCUAUACCAGUUCGGUGCAUGGGAUGGCAGAUUAUCAGGGUCGAUUACAUCGAGUAGAAGAUUUGUUAAAAGAUGCUUCCACGAAAGAUAAAUCACUCACAAAUCCAAUAACGAUCAUGCAAAAAGCAUUUUCUUUAUACGCACAAUUUGCAACUUCAUCUGUUAAAGCGUUUCAGAAUAAGAAAUAUGCAAGAUCAAGAGCUUCCAUUACGGGUUCUGUAUUGUUAAAUGAAAUUCAAAGCCUUCGAAAUGUUCCCAUACCGGCUAUCGAACAACCGCUGACUGAUGACUCUUCGCAACUUAUCACUUUCGUGAAAAUUGAAUCAACAGUCAUAGUUGCAGAUGGUUUAACACAACCAACAAUAGUUACAGUGGUUGGAAGUGAUGGAAAAGUUCGCAAAUUAAUUUUCAAGAACGAGGAUUUACGGCAAGAUUCGCUUGUUGAACAGCUUUUUACGGUGGUGAACAUUCUGUUGAUGGAUGGAAAAACAUUUCCACUACGUACUUAUCAUGUCAUGCCAAUUAAUUCGAAUGCUGGAAUAAUCGAAUUUUGUUUGGGGACAGUUUCGCUUUGUAACUAUAUCUGUGGAGCAGAUCGGAAAAGUGGUAUGCACAAAAAGCUUUAUCCUCUUGAAAUGACGGCAGCUACUGCACGCUUCAAACUUUCACAGGCUCAUGCAAAUCAAUCCAAUAUUGUGGAAACUUACGAAGAAAUAUGUAAGGGCAUUCAUCCUGUAUUUCGGCAUUUCUUUUAUGAUGCUUUCUCGAAUCCAUUUGAGUGGUUCUUUCGUAUCAAAGACUAUACAAUAUCUCUAGCCCGGUGGUCUAUAGUGGGUUAUAUAGUCGGUUUGGGUGAUCGCCAUUUGAAUAAUAUUAUGGUUGAGAAAGAAACUGGUCGACUUGUUCACAUCGACCUUGGAAUCGUAUUUGAAUUUGGUAAACGCAACUUGUUAGUACCUGAGCGAGUACCUUUUCGUUUGACAAGAGAAAUCGUUGAUCCCAUUUUGAUUGAGGGCAUCAAUGGAAAAUUUAGGAGUAUAGCAGUGGACACUUUGGAUUGUUUGCGGAAGAACUCUCAGGCAUUAAUUGGUCUAGCACUGGUACUUUUACAUGAUCCACUAACGAAAUAUCUUGGUGGCGAAAAUGGCAAUCAGUUUGCAACCCUUGCGAUUUGCCGAUUGCGCGAUAAAUUGGCAGGAGUAGAAAAUAGAAUUUAUAUGGAUCCCUCGCAACAGGUUUCUCAUCUGAUUAAAGAGGCAAGUGACCCAGAAAAUCUUGCUCGAAUGUUUGCUGGAUGGAUGCCCUUUCUAUAG